AGCCGUCCUGGCUCAAGCCGCCUCGGGGCCUCCGAGCGUGAAGCACCCCUGCUCGAGGAGCCCGCAGGGCGGACGCUGUCUGGCUCGGCGCGAGCGGCCGCCCUCAGAGAGAGCGUCGGUGCUUCGAAGAUGGCCGGGGAGGCGCCCGACGGCCCCCUCGAGGCGCCCGUAGGCGGGAUCUUGCGGGGAGUGCCUGUCGAUCUGGUGCAGCUGGCGGCGCAGCUGGCGGCGGUGGUAUGCAUAGUCUCGUUGGUGGGGGGUUACAUGCUGAGGCUUCGCGCGGGCUCCGCAUCGUGUGGGUGCUUGAAAACUUUGGAGGAGGUUCUUGGAAUACUCAGGCAAGCUCUCAAUUCAGGCUCUGGUCCAAACCACGAGCUGACAUCGAAGCUAGCGAGGAGCAAGCGCAUGGCUGUAGGCCUCAUCAUCUGCCGAUAUACCAAAUGGGCCAUGAUGAUCAACACGUUUAGCACUGUUGGUGCUGAUGAAAUGUUCUUCUUGCUACAUUACACAGUUUUCUUCAUAUACUCAACUUUCGUGUCAAUUGCUCCCAGCCGACACACGCAUUGGGUGCAGCAUGCAGCAUACAUGUUUUUCAUGGCAUCGUACAGUUUGGGGCUGUCGCCGCUAGUGAUUUCUGCUGGGCCUGGGUACAACCCCGAAUGGUAUAUACGGCGGGCGCUUUAUGCAUCAGGGAUGUUUACUCUAUACGACAUUAGCUUACCCCUGAACAUCGUCGGGAAUUCUGCGAUGUGGGGUUCCUUAUUUGUGACGGGACUUGUUCACGGCGAAGGAGAGUGCAGCGGCGAUGAUGUUAUGGGAACUAUCGUGGCAUGUUGGCUUGGCAUGAUCGCGUGGUCUGUUCUGUGUAGCGUAGUCUUUAUUGAGGGGGUGAUUCGCGAGGUGUUGAUGCUGACGGUCAAGAGCGAGCUGAAGGCGGCCGACUCAAUCCUCCAGGGCACCUGUGAUGCUGUGGUCGUAUUGGACCAGGAGCUUAGGGUCACUCAGGGCGCGGAAUCCGUGGCGAACAUGCUGAUGAUGUCCCCAUCAAAGAUCCAGGGCGAGAGCGUUUUGCUCCUGAUCGCCACCGAAGAGGACCGCGAAAGGUUCGUGCAGAUGGUGCGCGGCGCCCGGUCUAGCGCGGUCCCAGGCCCGUGCACGGCCUUCAACACCUCCCUGAAGGACAGCGCCGCCAUCUCGUGCACCGUCGAGGCGCUGUGCGUGAAGUAUCUGCAGGCCGACGGCGGGGGCGAGUCGUUUUUGCUUGGCUUCCGGGAGGGUGAUCUGCCCGCGGUCCCUUUCCAGACGAAUUUUUCAAGCUCCGCCCCGCGGAGCAGACGUCCUCGGCCCCCGCCGCCGCCCGCCGCGCAGUCGGUGGAGUACCUGCAGGCCACGAGCUCUGCCCGGAGCGCGGACGACCUGGCCGCCCAGGACGGCAGCUCGGACGGAGCCAGCUCCUCCACGGGGCAGAGCAGCGACAGCGACGACGCAUGCACUCCAACAGGCUGUCGGCCACCCGCCGUGUGGUUUGAUCCCAGUUCGCCCGAGCUUGAGCUGGUCAAGAGCAGCGCCGAGUUCAGGAUGCUCACCGGCUUCACCGAGGAGGAGAUGGCAAAUUUGGGAGGUGUUUUGACGUGGGUGCGCAAUGAGCAGAGGGAAGCUUUCGCAAUUUGGGUGCGCAACUUCGCCGACGGCACCCAGAAUCAGGAGAGUCAAAUUUCCGACGCUCGUGCAGGAGUCAAAUUGUGUAUCGCGUGCGAGAAGCACAAGUCCCAGUUUCAGGCGGAGGUGCAUUUGGAGACGUGCUGGUCAAAGGCCAAUUCCAGGACCCUCAAGCUCGUGGUCCAUGGCUUCCGAGCCCGGCAGAAGAAUACCAAUAAGGGUAAGAGCAGGAGGACUCGAGAACUACGUAGUAAUUCUUCUGAUUCCGACGAGGCUACACCGCGCGAGGGCACAACAAGGGUGCGCAGUAACGAUUUUGAGGUUCGCGACUCAGGGCUACAUGUGCUGUGCGACAUCGGGGAGGGCCAGAAUGACAAUGACCCGCUCGUGGUCACGAGGAGCAUCAGCCCAGGUCUCCAGUUGCUUCUCGGCACCGGCGAUUCAGGGCAAGAUGUGUGCGACUUGUUCGCCCAGACGGAGACCGACGGACUCGAAACUUGGUUGCACGACGGGUAUUUCGCUUGGUUUCAGUGCAAUGACGAGAACUCCGCCACCAGGCGCUGGUUUUCCUUAGCAAUACCAGCUCUGGAAACAUUAGGCGUCCGCAUUGAGGUCAACUGUAGGCUCACGUUUCAGCUUGGAGACUCUGGCAUGUGCCUGGAGAUCCAACGAAUACGAUGGUCGUCCAUGGAGGGGUUUGCAAGGGCCAGGGCGCGCAGAAGGCCAAGGACUGUCGGUACGCCAGCAAGGGUGGAUUCGGCGAGGCUUCAAGCGCUGAAUAGCCAAGCGAGCCUGUGAUGGACCUUAGUCAUCACACUUCUGUCGGGCACAGCAAUUGCUUAUGUGUGUAAACGUUCAGGGCAACUGCGGUGCGACUGAAUAAUUCAAGGCCUGCGGCCAGGUCCAAGUGUUGGGAUUGGGUUUUUCCUUUCAGUUGUUGCCAGUCCUGCUUACAGUAUGUAUCGCCGCGCCUUGAGCUAACGGAAAUUGAUCUGCCAGCACAGCUGGCUCGCUGGCGAGAUCAAAAUGUAGCGUGUGGCAUGACAAGUGCUUGCGCGGAUCUGUCGGUGCAGAAGGGGGGCUCGCCGUCGCAUCGGUGCCUCGUCCUGUUGCUCUGAGCUCGAGUUUUCGUCGCCCCCGGGCCGACCCAAUCUUCCCACCCGCGCUCAGACAUCCUCUCGGACCGGCAGUUGGGGGGCGGGCUCGCCCCGACGCCGUCCGGGCUCGGCCGCUCAGGGAAACCUGGGGCCCGUACCGCUUCGGGCCGAGAUGGCUCCGCGCGGUUCGGCGAUAGCCGGCUCUGGGCGGGCUGUGUGUGAGUGUAUUGCUCCCGUGGGCGCUUCCCCUCCCGGCUGCUGCAAGAGUCCUGCUCGCUGCGUGCCUCGCGCAGCGCCCCCCGAGCGACCUGUCCGCGCGGCCGCCUCGCUGGCGAGGCCGACCUGUGGCCCGUGGGUCGGCGGAUUUCAUGGAUGCCCGACGCGGUGGAGCCUGGAACCCUUCGCAGCGGUUCCGCCAUAGCGGUCGUGUUCAUAACUCUCGGAGGCCAAGUGGUCGUGUACAUUAUUUCUUUCGCCACGUUGCAUUGCGAUGCUAAUGUGCAUGUAGACCUUUCCUCCGAUUAGAGAGCCCACGAUGGCCCCGAGAUGCACCCCACACGGCCCAAUACGGAGUCUGGAUAGCUCCAGAUAGCCUCCGAGGCGGCCAAGACGCCUCCAAGACAUCCC